GCGGGGGCUGCGGGGCCCCCCCCGGGACGCUGCGCGGGGGCUGCGCGGCGCUGAGCCCCGCCGAGCCCGGCCAUGGCCGCGCCGGAGCCGGCCCAGGUGCCCGAGGCUCUCCAGGAGGUCACCGUCACCGCCACUGAGAAGCUCUGGCCGCUCGCCGACCACUCCCCCGCCCUCCCAGCAGGCUUCCCCGUGUACAACCCCGACCUGCUCGCUCAGCUGGAGCAGGGGGAGGAGGUGUGGAUCCCCGACAUCCCAAGCUCGGAGGAGGAGGAGGAGGAACAACUGGCGAGACCCCUCUUGAGGUUGUGGACGAGGAAGAGGAAACGGUGGAGGAGCUGCCGAGAUGCUGGGAGCUCCUCCGGCUCCAACUCCUCUCACUCAGCAGAUGAUGGGUGGACGAGCGAGACGGAGGACAGUUCUCAGGAGGAGGAUGGAGAGCUGCACGGUGGGUCGUCAAGGAAAUCCAAAGGUGGCAUCUCCCUGGGCUACGAGCACCACAAGAACCACUCGGGACGGAGAUCGGCUUCUUCCAGCCACAACGGGAGAAAACCUAAUACCAAGAGUCCCUCAGGAAUGCGGCUGGGGCAGCACAAGCAUGUCUGCAGCAAGUGUGGGAAAAGCUUCAGCCGUGGCUCCUCCCUCAACCGGCAUCGGAGGGUCCAUCAUGGGGAGAAACCCUUCACCUGCCCCAAGUGCAGGAGAACUUUCACGUGCAGCUCCACCCUUAAGGACCACCAGAAGAGCCACUGCCAGGAGAAACCCUACAAAUGCCCCAGCUGCGAGAAACGCUUCACUUCCACUAAGUCGCUCAGAAAACAUUGCAUGCUCCACUUGGAGAAUGGGCCGUACCAGUGCCACGAUUGUGGGAAAAACCUCACUUCCAACUCAGCUCUUAUCAUCCACCGCAGGAUACACACCGGGGAGAGACCCUACGAGUGCCCCGACUGUGGGAAAACCUUCAUGGCCAACAGGUCCCUCAACAAGCAUCGCAAGAGCCACAUGGAAAGCACGAUCUUCAUCUGUCCGGACUGUGGGAAAAAACUCAAUUCCCAGUCCACCUUCGUCAUCCACCGCCGAAUACACACCGGGGAGAGACCCUAUGAGUGCCCCGACUGUGGGAAAACCUUCAUCGCCAACAAAUCACUCAGCAAGCAUCGCAAGAGUCAUACGGAGGAGGGGUCCUAUAAGUGCCCUGAGUGUGGGCAAACCUUCUCAAAGAACUCGGCCUUCGUAGCCCAUCUCAGGACCCACUCCGGCUGCGAGAAAACCUUAUUUGAAAGCUCAUCUUUUAAGCGACACCGGAAAAAGCACCUGGUAGAGAAACCCUAUCAGUGCUCCGAAUGCGGGAUCGGCUUCACCGUCCACUCGGGUCUCCUCUUCCAUCAGAAGACCCACAUAGGACCCAGGCCCUACGUCUGCUCCGACUGCGGGAAAGGUUUUCGGGAGAGCACCUCCCUCCGUAGGCACCAGCGUAUCCAUACGGGUGAGAAACCCUACCGGUGCUCUUACUGCGAGAAGAGCUUCCGGGCCAGCUCCACCCUCAUCAUCCACCGAAGGAUCCACACGGGGGAGAAACCUUAUAAAUGCACCAAAUGCACCAAGUGCUUCAUGUCCAGCUCUUCCCUCAGGAAGCAUCUGCGGACGCAUCUCCGCAAGGAGCUGCUGGUGGGUCCCAGUCAGUACGAUGCUCUCAGCUGGCAGAAAGCCGAGCUACAUCCGAGGUUGAGCGUGUACACGGGGUAUGUGAGGUUGUGCCUGUGGACAUGGUCCUUGGGGAGCCACUUGCACCCCAACCAGAAGCUGGAGAAACUGGUGGAGCUGGGGCUGGAGAGCUGGAGCCCCCUGAUUGUGGUGCUGGUGGGGGUGUGCCUGCAGUGGAUCAUCCAUGCCAAGAGACUUUUCUGUCGGCGCCUGGGUGAGCGUGGUACCGGCAACACGGCACGGCAGAUCCUGCUCAGCUCUGCUUGGGAAGAUCCUGCCGAGGCGCAGGGCCGGAGCCCAGUCCAGGGGCUUGUUGGGCAAGUGGUUUUGGCCGCUCGGAGCCAGAGCGAGGACGUCUGGGUGCAGCCCCUGGAGCUUGAUGUGACCCCCCCAGCACCCCAGUACCCAUCCCCUGCUAUGCCCAAAGCCCUGUGGCGGGCCUCUCUCGUCGCCCCACGGCCCGGCACGCACACCCACACCGCAGCGAGGCAGCGGAAGAGCUUUUACUCUGUUUCCAUCCUCCUCCCAGUUAUUUUUUCCUUUUUGCAGAGGUCUUGCUGGUCCUCAUCUCCUCUCCCAUCUGCAGCCAAGGGAGGGAGAGCAGCCGGGGGUGAAGAGAGAUGGGCUUUUCAGCCCCAAAUCAGCCUCAGGAUGGAAGAAGGGGGAGAGACGGUGGCAGCUGGUCCCACGGGGAGAGAGGAGAUGGGCGGCCCCGGGAGCAUCUGGACAGGAGACGGGAUGCGGAGGGAGGAUGAAGGAUGCUGCGUGGAGCAGGGAUGUCCUGAUGGAGCCAAAGUGGGUGAAAUGGUGGUAAAAUCCAAAGAGAAUAACCGUGGGAGAGCUUGUGAGAGCGACCGGGGGAUGGAGGGAUGUCUGGGGAUGGAGCAGACAGACGAAUUCACCUGUGGCGAGGGGCUCUUUGCAGAAGAAAGUCUCUACGAAUGUUCUCACUGCAAGAAAUGCUUCCAGGACAGGUCAGAGCUCAUUUGCCAUCAGAGGUUGCACAGAGGAGGAAAGACUUUUAAAUGCCAAGAGUGCGGAAAGGAGUUUGGGAAGAGCUCGGACCUUAGUUCCCACCAGAAAAGCCACAUGGUGGAAAAACCCUACCAGUGCUCGACAUGCGAGAAGUUCUUCAAGGACAGGUCCACCCUCAUCAGGCACGAGAGAGUGCACACGGGAGAGAAACCCUACAAGUGUUUGGAGUGCGGGAAGAGGUUCACCCGCAGCUCGGACAUCAUCGUCCAUCAGCGGAUUCACACGGGGGAGAAACCCUUCGAGUGCUCCGAGUGUGGGAAGAGGUUCAGCCAACGGUCCAACCUCUUCACCCAUCAGAUCGUGCACACGGGGGAGAAACCCUUCACCUGCCACGAGUGCGGGAAACCCUUCGCCCGGAGAUCCGAGCUCACCAUCCAUCAGCGAACGCACACCGAGGAGAAGCCCUACCAGUGCUCCCAGUGUGAAAAAUCCUUCCGGGGGAGGUACGGACUCUUCAGGCAUGAGCGGUUGCACACGGGGGAGAAACCUUACGAGUGCUCUGAGUGCGGGAAGAGCUUCGGCCAGAGCGGGGACCUCAUCACCCACCAACGCUUCCACACGGGGGAGAAGCCCUACCACUGCGCUGAGUGCGGGAAGUUCUUCUGCAAUAAAUCCAGCCUCGUGAAACACCAGAAAUGGCAUCUGGGGGAGAAGCCCUACAAGUGCCACGAGUGCGGGAAGAGCUUCGGGCAGAGCUCGGACCUCAUCACCCACCAGCGAACCCAUACGGGCGAGAAGCCCUACCCCUGCACCGAGUGCGGGAAGAGGUUCACCAGGAAAUCCAGCCUCAUCGUCCACCAGCGGGGACACAGAGGACGGAGAACUGGAGAACGCUCAAAAUGUGGGAAGAGCUCGGAGGAAGACUCCAGCACUGAUGCUCCCGGGAGCGUGGGCAUGGGAGAGAGCUUGUCCCCGUGCUCCGAGUGUGCGAAGCCCCUCGAGGAGGCAUCAAGCCUCCUUGACCAGCAGAGGUGAUGGAGAGGAGAAGAAAACCUCCCAAGUGCCUGGAAGAGGAGAAAUGGCUGGGCUUGGCUGGGCUGGGUUUGGCUGGGCUGGGCUGGGCUGGGCUUGGUUGGGCUUGGUUGGGCUUGGCACCAAGAUCACACAAGCUGAUCAGAAACGAGAGCAGCGUGGGACAUCCUCCCAUGUGAGAUUUAACUUUUUUGUGUGUGUUUUGGAGACAACCCAGGGGAACAAAAGAGUUAAACGCUACAGCGUGGGUUCAUCCAUGAUGGAAAAAGGCUAAUUCCUCAUGUUAUCGCGUAGAUUGUUUAAUAGUCUUCGCUUUGCUCUUCCAGCAGCUUCAUCCAAACCCUUCGCUCCCUGGUGAGAGCCCUUCUCUCAUCCUAUCCCCUCUUUUUUUCAACAUCUAGCUGCUAUAUUUUUUUAUAGUUAGCUUGGUCCAGGUGUCUGCUGCACGUCCAGCCUCGACGCGUUAAAUCUCGACUUAGAAAGAAACCGGGUCAGUUGUUCCUAAGGAGAUUUUUAAAAAAAUUAUUUUCUUAUUGGAUAUUUGCACAUUUGAUAAAUACCUAAGGAAAUUUUAAAUAUUGCCAGAGGCAUAUUAGCAGAACGAGCAUUCUCCCUCCGGAAGGUGAUGUUUUUAAUGGUGGAGAAAAUCAAAAGGUCUCCACUGUGGAUGUUGGGGAGUGGAGAGAGUGGAUCCACCCAAUCCAAGGGAAAACCGUGAGGUUUCAGUGAAAGGAGCACAACGUGGAAGGAUCGGUGUCCCAGAUGGAAACCGCCAGAGGCAGUUUAUAUGAAAUUGUCAAUAAAUAACCCGUUUCUUUCCUUU